UUAGCCAUCUCAGAUGCAUAUGCAUUGUUUACUGCCAGGCAUAAACAUCCGCCCGCCGCCCCAUGCUAGCCGUAACGCGCUGUGUGGUUGAUUGGCAUUACCUCCAUACAAUGACACCCUACCUCCGUCUUCAGCUGUACUUGGAUUGAAUGGUGGAUACAUUGAGAGGUCCCCGAGGUCAGGCUGGGUUGCUAGUAAGCUUUCACCUGUUUAUCUUUUCUUUUUCCAAUUUCUUUUUGAUACACUAUCUUAGAGACCCUGGCUUGGCUAAGUGCUGUACAUACGACACCAGUAGUAUCUUUGCGUGUAUGUGUGUAUGUAUGUAUGCAUGGGACAAGAUUGGAUCAUACAGCCAGACCAAGUGCGUGUCAGAAAGCCAUACGAUUUUAUGUCUUUACUCCUUCCAUGCGCAUUUCUCCUAUCUUCUUUCUAGGGUAUCUUAGAUGAAAUGAAAACGAACUGCUCUCCAGCGUGUUUAUACGAGUGCUGCUUUU